AUGAAAGUUACUGACAAGUUUGAGGCUCCAACCUCCCGAAAGUUCCGCCACGUUCGAUCGAAGAAGCCAGCGAUCGUUGUGCCGCAAGUGCGCAUGCUCGUCAUGGAGAACGGACAAGGUAACACCACCACAACUACCACCACCACCACGACGAGGCUCGGCCUACCACCGCUCACCCCUGACCAGCAGGAGGCGCUGCAGAAGGCCAAGAAGUAUGCCAUGGAGCAGAGCAUCCGGAAUGUUCUGGUCAGGCAGACCAUGGCGCAGCAGCAGCAACAGCAGCUCAGUGGACUGCAGAUGGCGUCCUUGUCGGUGGGUUUAGGGGACCUUUCUCCUCUGCAGUCUGUGGCGGCGCAACGCCAGCGCGCCCUGGCCAUCAUGUGCCGCGUUUACGUGGGCUCCAUCUACUACGAGCUGGGCGAGGACACCAUCAGGCAGGCCUUCAUCCCCUUCGGACCGAUCAAAAGCAUUGACAUGUCCUGGGACUCGGUCACCAUGAAGCACAAGGGUUUUGCCUUCGUGGAGUACGAGACGCCAGAAGCCGCCCAGCUUGCUCUGGACCAAAUGAACUCCGUGGUCCUUGGAGGGCGAAAUAUUAAGGUGGGCCGGCCCAGCAACAUCGGGCAGGCGCAGCCUAUCAUCGAGCAGCUGGCGGAGGAAGCUCGCGCCUUUAACAGGAUCUACGUGGCGUCCGUUCACCGCGACCUGUCAGACGGCGACAUCCGUAGCGUCUUCGAGGCUUUCGGGAAGAUCAAGUCCUGCAUGUUGGCACGCGAGCCAACCACGGGACGGCAUAAAAGCUACGGCUAUAUCGAAUAUGAAAAGCCUCAGUCUGCCGUGGACGCGGUGGCUUCCAUGAACCUCUUUGACUUGGGGGGCCAGUACUUAAGAGUCGGGAAGGCCGUCACCCCACCUGUGCCGCUCAUUACCGCCUCUGGAGGCCUCGCAGCAGCUAACUUCACAGGGCAGGACCCAAUGGGCGCGUCGGUCCUGCGAGCACUGGCCGGUCUUCCGCAAGGCGUCAUGGCGGCGCAGGCCCCGGGUGUCAUCACAGGCGUGACCCCGGCCCGGACCGGACUCCCUCAAGUGGCUCUGGUGAAUCCCGUCCUGGCCACGCCCCCUGCGCCCAAGGUGGAAGAGGACACUGCCAAUAAACGACAACAGGUCGAUGGACAACACGACAUCAACAAGAUCUUUCGCAACCGACAAUCCCGCGUAAUGGUGCUGAGGAACAUGGUGGGCCAGGACGACAUCGACGACGACCUGGAGGGCGAGGUCACCGAGGAGUGCGGCAAGUUCGGCCAGGUCAAGCGAGUGGUCAUCUACCAGGAACGGCAGGGAGAAGAAGAAGACGCCGCCGUCAUCAUCAAGAUCUUCGUGGAAUUCUGCCACACGGCCGAGAUGAACCGGGCCGUCCGGGCCCUGGACCGACGUUGGUUCGGCGGCCGCAAAGUGGCGGCCGAGGCAUACGAGCAAGAGCGCUUUGAGAACAACGACUUGUCGGCGUAG